AACACGUCAGAUAUGCAGAUAAUUUUUAACGAAUUGCUAUCGCUAAAGCUUCAUUUUUAUCUUCCUACCAUCCUACCCAAGGAGCGAUUGGAGUUCGGUGAUGAUGCAGGUCCAGAAGAAAGGAACAAAGGAUUCUGUAUUUCUGUACGAUGAUCGUCCAUACCGGAGUGAUAUUUGACCAAUUAUUCAAAAUAGUGCAGACGUUCUGUUUUCAAGUUACUCGAUUGUGAAUUGUGAUCUCCAAGGAGAAUUAUCUACAGUUUAUCAGCGAUCUUCGAGAUGAAAUAGAUAUUUUUUCACCUUCUUUGAGUGGAGAAAAAUUCUAAUAUUGGUUUCAUCGUAGGCAAUGCAUCAUCGACGAGUUACCUAUUAUCGAAUGGUUAGAUGUUGAAACUUGAAAGUACAGAGCUUGCCUUCACUGAGAAAUAAUUAUAUUUAGGUUUAGGUACAUGAAGAUCAUCACGCUUGGCAACACAGACAGUGGAUUUCAACUGAUUACCUAUACCAAAGCAUUCAAUGGACCUAAUACCUCAAAUGCACUGGAGAAAAUAAACAAAAAUAAUGUCGUCAUAGAAACACCUCUCCAGACCUCGAAGUUUCAAGCCGAACUAAGACUGAAGAAAACAAAGAACGUGAAAAAAUAUUCUUAAAAGUGAAAUAUUAGUUCAUGCAGGUACCUAACUCGAUUCAUUCGAUUACCUAAUUGUUUCAUAUGUGUAGUAAUGAAUCUCUCAAGAUCAAUUUCGGUGAUUUAUUUUUCGUAGAAUUCGCCUAUGUGAAGAUUCAAAUCACGACAAUGACCAACAUUCGAUUCCAUGGAUCGGCGAGAUUCGGGUACACUUUUCUACAUCGAAGCCGGCGAAAACUCCCCCCUUCGUGAUAUUUUCCAUGUACGCCAUCAAUAUUCGGCAAAUAGGAAAUAUAAUCGUGCGUACCCCUUCUGUCAUUCGAGCAAUUUUCCAUCAUUGGUUGAUGUAUUGCUAAACUUGAGACAUUCUUUACGCGAGUGUUAUACUCUAUAUAAACUUCUCUGACGAAAACUCGUUCAACUGGGUCAGUUACCUGAAUUAUGUUCGAGUUUAAUUUUUGAGGUGUUUCGUGGCGGUGCAUUUUAUUCACCAGUUCAUCCAAAUCCAAACCCGAAAACAUGUUCAGACCGAAAAGUUCGCGUUACGAAUCAAGAAAAAUGUGCCUAAAACACCGAAACAGCCUAGACUCAUCGGAUCCCUCAUCCGAUCACUUGUUACACAAACGAUCAAACAGCUUGCAAAGUCUAAACACCAUUGACACCCAGAACAACAUCGACGAACGCGCCAAGCUCUCGGCGAAACCUCGAAGAAUAGCUUGGGCAUCUUCCAAAACAUGCUCCGCAGAUAAAAGCUUCGAAGCUGCGGUAGAAACUUGGAACCCUAGCGAAGUACUCGAUCAAGUCGAACCCUGCGUAGAAUACCGAAAUAAAUUGGAAGAAUCGAAGAAAAAAUCGAUCGAUAUAUUUUUAUCUCGUAACUUCAUCGAUCCGAUGGAUAUCUUACCCAGCAAUCGAAACCCCAGAUUAAGCUUGAUGAAAAGUUUCACUUCAUCUUUCAACGUCACUGUCGAUAAAUACGAACCGGAAUCUAGCGAAAAUGCCUCAGUCCAAAUCGACGAACAAAUUUCCAACGAUGGUAAAAGCGAAAAAAAAGUCACUUUUGCACCAGACUUGGGCGAGUCCGCCAAUAACGCUGAAAUUAGAAGAAUGAACUUUCGUAACAGUUACUCGAAACGUUAUUCUACGAAUUUCUCAUUUUCUUCUACUUCUACUUCGUCUUCGUCUCGUCUCGAGAGGCAAACUUCCGUCGGUAAAUGCUCGACACCUAAAUGCGAACUUACGAGAAGCGCCAUGAAACGCGGAAAUUCGCUGAGUUCCGCUGAAAAUACCGAUGAAUUGGCGCAGAUCGCGUGCGGACCUACGUCGCCGUCGCCAUCGCCUUCGCCUUUAUUCAAACAGCCUAUGCAACCGAUUAGUCAGCAAAGUGAUAAAAUGAAGCAGCAGUUGAUUAUCAAGCGAAAGCUCAAGUCUUGUCGUAGUAGAUCGUUUCAUAAAUCGUUGGAUAAUUCUUCGGUUAUUGAAAAUUUCGAUACUUUUUCGUUCACCAAGCCUUUGAAAAGUAAUCAGAAUUCCGAUGUUGUUACCAUGGUAUCGUUGAUCGUGUCCAAUGACGAAGACACCGCCGCUGAUUCGACAAAUCAUUCUCAAUCUACGAACAAAUCCGAUGCUACGCCCAGAAUUAAAGAAAAUAUCGAUAAUAAAUCGGAAAAGCAAACUAAAACAGGAAUAUUGAAGAGUAAAUGGCAGUCAGAUAACAUCAAACGUGCUAAUACUCAACCAAUGCAAAAAAGAAGAUUCAUCAACGUAUCUCACAAACUGAUCAGUUCGCCAGAAAAAACGAGCUCAAAUUUGGUUUUGAAGAAAUAUUGGCAAAAAAUCGAAAAUUACCAGAUGAUGCAUUUCUGUAUGCUCUUUCGGUUCAGCUUGACCGGGUUCAGAAAAUCUUCUGCCAGUUUAACAAUCCUUACAGCAGUAGAUAACCUUACGAAAACAGAAGAAAAUAGACGACUCAACAGAGCACACUCCUCAGAUUCGGGUAAUUCUACCUAUUCCGUUGAAAAUGAGACGUUAGCUGAAGCUAAAGAAGUGGAAACCGAUAAACCGUUCCAGUCUGCCAAAGAGCAAGAAUGCUGGUCAUCGUUUCGUAAAAUGACUAAUAAAGGGUUUUCAGUUUCAUUUGACACGAUUUUGAGUGCUCAUGCUCAUAAUAGUGCAAUCACAUGGUGUACGUUCGAGAGUCGAGGUGAACUCACUUGUAAACUCGAACUCGAAUUAUGUACUCGUACUAAGUGCGAUGUGCGAAUACAAUUUCCUUCUUGCAUGUUUCGAAGCUUUUAUGACGUCAUUCCUACAUCACGAACCGUACUGUGUGCAAUGGGUUUAUUAACACCAACAGAAUACAGAUUACGCAGAAACGAGAUAUCAACUCAAGAAUAACGUGAUCUGAAGCAAAAAGAAGAAUCAUCGUGUAUAUUACACAAAUUCGCAAAUGAUCAAAAUCUUCAUUUUCGCUGUAAAAAUAGACACAAGUUGACGAUUUUUCAAGUAUUUAUUUUUCAGAGUGAAACACACUGUGUUAUUGUGAUUUUUUUAUAUUUUUAAGUGCUUACUUGAUACUUGAUAACUCUGUUUACAUUAUUUUGUGAUGAGUGAAUGUGCUGUUAUUUUAUCUACAAGAUUUGUAUUCGGGUAUUCUCCCCCCCCCCCUCCUCCCACCACCCUUAGAUAUUACAAACGCAACCGAAAAUUCAAAAUAUCGUCGAUAAGUAUAUCUCUAACAUGUGUGUAUUUGCUAGCUUAGGAAAAACCUAGGUACCUUACUCGAUAUUAAUUAUAAUACAAAUACAAUUCCUGUCA